AUCUUUUUAUAUUUUCGAGGAUACUAAAAUGUACUCUGUUGAUUUUCCUUCGGCCACGCAAACCUCAAUAGUGAUCUUGCGUCGCCAUGCAAAGGAGCCAAAGAACAUGGUCCCCAGAUACGACUUUCCUGCAACAAGACAGAAGGACCACUCAACUCGAGGAAAGCAGUAAAUUACGAGAUGUUUUGAUUUUCCUUGAUGCAUGUUUAGGUGCGCUGAGAUAUUUUUUGGUGGGAGAACAUGGGACCCCUUGGAACUUUAUUGAUGGACCUGUCGAAUCUAUCAAAGGGAAGAAGAAAGUUGGUCCCGAAGUCAGGAUUCCGAAUACGUUUCAAACGAGGAAAGUUUAAGACAUGUUAACAUGAUAUUUUUUGUAGCAGUAUUCUCUUGUGGGCCUCAUAUGAGGACCUGAUGUAAUAGUGAUUAUUUGGGUGAGGUUGAUUUGGAAGUUUGCCAAUGCCUUGUCUGCUUGUUAGUCAACCAAGUAACCAAUCUAAGCUUGAGUGUCCCGAUCCUAGGGUGAAAACUUGUCAAGGGAAAAAAAAUAAAAAGUCUUGCAGCAGAACAUUAUGGCUAAAUGACAAAAUAUUGUCAGAGAAAGGGGACGAAAAAAGGAAAGAACCCAUAGACCGAUGAGCUCUUGAAAUACUGUUUUGCAAAGUUUUCAGAAUAGAUAAGAUUAAACUGGCGGUGGGGGAACGAUGACCGGUAGUACGUCUUUCACUUGGAAAUUUGAUAAAAAUUAAGUUUAUUGGUUAAAUAAAUGUUUUUGUUAACAAAAAUUAGAUAAAAAGUGGCAAAUGUUAAAGUGAAACCAAAUAUUUCAAGCAAGGAGUAGAAAAAGUACUUUAAACUGUAAUUAAAAAUGGUCAGAUCACGCUUCUGAAUAUAAAUGAAAGGGUAAUCCAUAAACAAGUUUGUGUGUCAUACAUUCAAUUCGUCAGAAAGAACUCCAAUGGCUUCCCUUCAAUGGCUGCGAGACAGCUUCCAUCCCUCCUUGCUAUUUGCAUCCAUCUUCCUUCUAGUCCUACUGAAAUUUCUAUUGAACGGAAAGUCGAGCAAAAGAAAACCCAAUCUUCCGCCAAGCCCUCCACAGUUACCAAUCAUUGGCAACCUACACCAGCUAGGUAGCAUGCCACACCUGUCUCUCCAACUCCUAGCUCAGAAGUUUGGUCCAAUUCUUUACUUACAACUAGGUGAGGUCCCAACUGUGGUGGUUUCAUCAGCCAGAAUGGCAAAGGAAGUGAUGAAAACUCACGACCUUGCACUUUCAAGCCGCCCCCAUAUCUUUUCAGCGAAACAUCUGUUCUAUGAUUGCACUGAUAUUGUCUUCUCCCCUUAUGGUGCUUACUGGAGGCAUAUUCGGAAAAUAUGUAUUCUUGAACUACUAAGUGCUAAACGGGUUCAAUCAUUUAGCUUUGUCAGAGAUGAAGAGGCUGCCCGUUUGAUACGUAGAAUUGCAGAGUCUUAUCCAAGCACCACAAAUCUAAGCAAGAUGCUAGGCUUAUAUGCAAAUGAUGUUCUCUGUCGAGUUGCAUUUGGAAGAGAUUUCUCACAAGGAGGAGAAUACGAUCGGCAUGGAUUCCAAAAGAUGCUUGAAGAGUAUCAAGAGUUACUUGGAGGGUUUAGCACAGGAGAUUUCUUCCCUUCCAUGGAGUUCAUACACAACAUAACGGGUAUGAAAUCAAGACUCGAGCACACAUUCCGACGAUUUGAUCAGUUUUUCGAUGAGGUAAUCAAUGAACAUCUUAAUCCUGAGAUACAGAAAGAGGAGCGCAGCAAGGACCUUGUGGAUGUUUUGCUCGAGAUACAGAAAAGUGGAUCUAACGAAAUUCCUCUCACCAUGGACAACGUUAAAGCCAUCAUCUUGGACAUGUUUGCUGCAGGAACUGACACGACAUUCAUAACUCUUGAUUGGGGAAUGACAGAGCUUAUUAUGAAUCCAAAGGUCUUGGAAAGAGCUCAAGCUGAAGUCCGAAAAGUUGUAGGAGAGAGAAGAGUGGUCUUAGAAAGUGAUCUGCCUCAGCUUGAUUACAUGAAAGCUGUCCUCAAAGAGAUCUUCCGCUUGCAUCCUCCAGCUCCGGUCUUAGUCCCCAGAGAAUCCAUGGAAGAUAUUAUAAUCAAUGGGUUUGAUAUUCCGGCCAAAACACGGGUUUUUGUCAAUGCCUGGGCAAUAGGGAGAGAUCCAGAGUCAUGGGAAAAUCCUGAGUCAUUUGAACCAGAAAGGUUUCUAGAUAGUCCAAUCGACUUCAAAGGGCAAGAUUUUGAAUUGAUACCAUUUGGAGCUGGUAGAAGAAGUUGUCCAGCAAUAACAUUUAGCACAGCAAGUGUGGAGCUUGCACUGGCUCAGCUUCUCUAUAGUUUUGAUUGGGAACUUCCCCCAGGUACUGAAGCUAAAGAUUUGGAUCUGACAGAAACUUUUGGCAUCACAAUGCACAGGAUAGCUGAUCUGAUGGUUAUUGCUAAACCGCAUUUUCCUUAAGGCAGGGCAUCAUUGAGAAAGAUAGUAAAAUAACUAGAUAAUAGCCCAAGCUUGAAGGGAAGGGUGGAAUAAGCUGUUAUCUGAUUCUAAAAUAUCAUGCUUGACUGUUCUGCAAAAUACAUUAAAGCAAUAUGCCAAUGUAAUACUUCCAACAUGGUAUUUCAUAGGAAACAAAGACCACAGAUAAAAAUAUAUACGUAACAUAUUAUGUUCAUGAGAUUGAAGUUAAAAAGCAGUGAUUAGAAAAAAACGCUCACUAGACAGACGAACGUCAAGUAGAGGCUUGUUAGAAAGUUGAAUUGCGUAAUCUGCCUCUCUGGGUAUAAGAAUCGUAACUUUUCCUUCCCUAAUCUGUACAAACAACACAGC